UUUACAUGCUUUUCCCUUUUUUCUUUGUGGGAUGCUUGAAUUAUAGGCUCCAUUGGGUGUUUUCAAGACUCCUUUCUGGGUUUUUGUUCUUAAUCUCCUUCAAGGCUUCUUCUUUUGUCGUUGAAGAUGGAGAAGCUUAAUUUUGUGAAGAAUGGUGUGCUGAGAUUGCCUCCUGGGUUUCGUUUCCACCCCACGGAUGAAGAGUUAGUGGUUCAAUACUUGAGAAGAAAGGUGCUGGCUUGGCCCUUGCCUGCAUCUAUCAUUCCCGAGGUCGAUGUUUGCAAAGCCGACCCUUGGGAUUUGCCAGGUGAUUUGGAGCAGGAGAGGUACUUUUUCAGCACAAGGGAAGCUAAGUAUCCCAAUACCAAUAGAUCCAACAGAGCCACGGUUUCAGGCUAUUGGAAAGCAACCGGACUCGACAAACAAAUCGUGACAUCCGGGGGAAACCAAGCUGUGGGGAUGAAGAAAACCUUGGUUUUUUACGGAGGAAAAGCCCCGAAUGGAUGUCGAACAGAUUGGAUUAUGCAUGAGUAUCGAAUUGUCAGCGCCGAGACAUCGGCCUGCAAUGCCCCACUAGACAAGAAGAACCAAACCAAGACCAAUGCGGUUCCUAUGGAAAAUUGGGUAUUGUGCCGCAUAUUCUUGAAGAAAAGAAGUACUAAAAACGAUGAAGGUGGUCUGCAACAACAAUCUUGCAGCAAACCAAGAACAAAGAGCAGGCCUGUUUUCUAUGAUUUCCUGACCAAGAACAAGACCGACUUGAACCUUGUCCCUUCUUCAUCCUCUGUCUCCAGUGGGAUCACUCAAGUUUCGAGUAAUGACACGGAUGACCAUGAAGAAAGCAGUUGUUGCGAUAGUUUUCCUUAUUUCAGAAGAAAACCUUAAAAAAAA